AUGUGUGAUAUUGUUGGUGAUGACGAUGAUGAUGAUGAUGAUUAUGAUGAUGAUAGCGAUGAUAAUGAUGAUGAUUGUGGUGAUGAUGGCGAUAAAGGAGGCGGUGCUCGUCAUGGUCCCUCGCUAAUGCCUGGAGGAAAUCCACAUGCAUGGCUGCAUCUUAAACAUAUUUUUCAGUCGAUCGCAGCCAAAAGUGAAGGUGAACCGUGUUGUGACUGGGUUGGCAGUGAUGGUGCUGGUCAUUUUGUAAAAAUGGUUCACAACGGCAUCGAGUAUGGUGACAUGCAGUUGAUUGCCGAAGCCUACGAUUUGCUUCUGGAGGGAGUGGAAUUGAAUUAUGACCAAAUUGCUGAGGUAAUGGAAGAUUGGAACCAUGGGGACCUUGAUUCGUAUUUGAUUGAAAUAACGGCGGAAAUUCUGAAAUACAAAGAUGAGAAAGGCGAACAUAUUCUGCCAAAAAUUCGAGAUAGUGCUGGACAGAAAGGUACUGGGAAAUGGACAUGUUAUGCUGCCCAAGAGUACGGAGUCCCCGUCACUCUGAUAGGUGAAGCUGUCUUUGCAAGAUGUCUAUCCUCUUUGAAGAACGAACGUGUUGUGGCAUCUGCUCGCCUUGCGAAACCUCACGUGAAACAUACUGAAGUCAUACCGGACAAAAGAGACUUCAUAAAACAUAUUAGCAAGGCACUCUACGCGUCGAAAAUUGUUAGCUAUGCACAAGGAUUUAUGUUGAUGGCCGAAGCCAAUCGUAAGUUCAACUGGGAACUCAACUUUGGAGCAAUUGCGCUUAUGUGGAGGGCGUUUGAUAAGAAACGUGAUUUGGCAAACCUACUUCUUGAUGACUUCUUUGCGAAAGCUACUGAAGAUGCUCAGAUAUCAUGGCGCGUUGUUGUGACAUCCGCGAUUCGCCUUGGUAUUCCUGUUCCGGCAAUGUCCUCAGCUCUGGCUUUUUAUGAUGGUUACUCAAGAAAAGUGCUUCCAGCUAACCUAAUUCAAGCACAACGUGACUUUUUUGGUGCGCAUACCUACGAGUUACUGGAUUCACCAGGUGUGUGGAUGCAUACUAAUUGGACUGGGAAAGGGGGACGAGUCACUAGCAAUGCUUACAAUGCAUAA